CUUAGGCGGCUAGUAGAACUCGUCGCCAUUUUGAUGUUGAGUUUCGUUGUUUACUGUUCAUGUACAAAUAUAAAAUAAUUCCUUCGGGAAUGGAAAUUACCGCUCAAAAGUGCUUGCAAAUAGAUUUAUGUGUAACGCAUAUUACCUAAUUUAUAAAAAAAUAAGCAGAUUUUAUAUUAGUCUAAAUACUAAAUAAGCGUAAUAAUGUUUUACGCACACUUCGUGCUAGCCAAAAAGGGCCCCCUAGCCAGGAUCUGGUUAGCGGCCCAUUGGGAUAAAAAACUUACUAAAGCCCAUGUAUUCGAGACCAACAUAGAGAAAUCAGUAGAUGGAAUUUUACAACCUAAAGUAAAAAUGGCCCUUAGAACCUCUGGUCAUCUUUUAUUGGGUGUAGUGAGAAUUUAUUCUAGAAAAGCUAAAUAUCUUUUGGCAGACUGUAAUGAGGCCUUUGUUAAAAUCAAACUGGCAUUUAGGCCAGGAAUGGUGGACUUACCUGAAGAACAUAGGGAAGCUGCUGUUAAUGCUAUUACCUUACCAGAAGUUUUUCAUGAUUUUGAUACUACGAUGCCAGAAUUAAAUGAUGUUGACAUAGAAGUUCAGUUCAGUCUUAACCAAUCAAGAGCAGAAGAGAUAACCAUGCGAGAAGAUUAUGGUAACAUUAGUUUAGUCAAUCAUGAUGAUGGUUUUGGUGAUAUGGGUUUUGAUACUGAUGGUCCCGAUCUUAUGAGGCAUGCAUCUGGUUUAACACCUUCUAUGGAUCAGAGCAAUUUGCUCUUUAGUGAGCCAGUGCUAGAUCAAGUUGGAAUAGACAAGGAACCUGAACCAGUGCCCUCAACUUCCGGUACACAAAAUGAACCUCCUAUGGAAAUAGAUGCAGGAGUUAGAGAUGAUGCAUUUGGAGCUGGAGGUUUAUUUGAAGGUGGUUUAUUUGAUGAUGCACCAAUGCCCGAUGUUCCACCUGUUGAUACUAGCAUACCAGAACCAACACCCCAAGAUAUUCCAGAACCACCACCUAGUGACGAUGAAAUGGACAAUUUUGGUGGACCACCAUCGGUGGGAGGUACAAGUUCUGGAGGUUCUCGUCCACCUAGCCCUAUCGAUCUGCCCGUCCCUCCUCCUGCUCCUACACCUACUCCUUCCAUCCAUCCUGAACCAGCUAUCGAGGAAGCCCCUCCAGAGGAAGAACCAGCACCUCCUGCCACUGACCAAACGACUCUCCUACAAAAUGAAGAGGAAAGCUUUGCUUUGGCACCUGUAGACGCCAGCCUACUUAAAGAUGAAUUCUACCUAGGUCUAACAAAGACCAGGAAGAAACGGAAACUAAUCGUGGACGAAGUAAAAAAUAUAUCCGGCGAGGAAAUGAAAAACCAACUAAGUGAUACUAGUGAUAUUGUGACGACGUUGGAUUUGGCUCCACCGACUAAAAGACUUAUGCAUUGGAAGGAAACUGGAGGUGUAGAGAAACUCUUCGCGUUACCAGCAAGACUAAUUCCAGCCAGGAUUUUAUUCAAGAACUACCAAAGGCAUUUGUCAUUACGAGCAAUUGGAACAGAGGAUUUCAGUGUACUAGGCGAUGCUGACUCUUUAGCAUUAGACCAAGCGAGAGACCAUGAGGAGCCAGUGCCUCCAGAGCCAAUUAUUCCAGCAAGGAGGGGUAGAAAACGAAAAGUUGUUGAAGAACCUAGUCAAACACCUCUUCAUAUUCAAGAAGAUCCACAACCUCAGCCCCUUCUUCACUCUGAAGAUUCAAUGCAUAGUAUGUUGCCACAAACUCCUUACCCUACAGCACAUACACCAUUACCUCCUCAACAAAUGCCUUACCCUUCGAUACCCACCCCAGGACCCCCUCAAACUCCAUAUCCCAUGUCACAAACACCCAUUCCUCCUCAAUCACCAUAUCCUGUUGCACACACUCCAUUACCACCUCAAUCGCCCUAUCCCACUGCGCAUACGCCUGGACCACCUCUGACUCCUUAUCCAAUGGCACAUACUCCAGGUCCACCAGGGACACCAUACCCUUCGGCACCUACCCCCCUCCCACCUCAUACGCCUUAUGCACAACCAAUGACGCCAAUGAUGCCUACGCAGGAACUGAGACAAGACUUGAUACCUCCCCAUACUCCACAAGGUAUGAUGUCAGGUGUUUUAUUACCUCCUUCGACGCCAGGUAUGAUGUAUCCACAAACUCCAGGAUAUCCUGCGCCACCCACACCUUUACAUCAUAUGGAUGAGAUGCCUCAUUUACCUGCCGAUCAAGUACAUUCUAUACUACAAGAGCAAGAAACUCUUAAUGGUGUACCCCCGAUGACGCCGGCGCAUACCAGUGAAGAUCUUAUGAGAGAACACAUUAGUACACCCAUGGCGCAUUCGUCUGGUAUUACCACUGGUUUACCGUUGGAGCCAUUGGAUAAUUUCCAGAAUGAACUACCACCCAUGGAAAAUAUGGGAUAUGAUCAGAACCAGAUGGCGAAUAUGGGAUAUGAUGAACAUGUGGUAGCUGGUAAUAUGUCCGAAAGGGUGCAAUCACCUUGGGCAGGAGAUUAUGAUUAUGACAAUGGACCACUUGAAGAACAACAAGUUGAUGAAACUGAUGAACAGUUUGCAGAAAGGGUUUUAAAUAAGAGAGCAUAUCAAAUGUUUCAAGUUGUUAAACAAAGGUUUAACCACACGGAUAAGGUCAUUUUAGAAGAACUUACUCAUCGAAAUAAUAAAAAAUUGGCUGCACAAAAAUUCUACAGUCUAUUGGUUCUCAAAAAAUUCCAUGUCUUGGAACUAGAGCAACAAGAAGCCUAUGGUACAAUUAGUAUUUAUAAAGGACCUAAAUUCGACAACCCUUCAAUGUAAACCAAUCCGCUUUGUUAGUUGUUUUAAAUUUUAGAUAAAGAUUCUUUUCAUUUUAAUAUCAUCUUUUGAUACAUCUAUUAUGAUGAAAGUACAAAAUAUAAAAAUAAGUCUGUUGUUUGGGGUAAGAAAAUCAUUGCAAAUAUUUUAAUCUCUCGAACAAUGUUGCGUUUAAAUCUUUUACAAAAUUUGAUGUUUAUACAGGGUUGUAAAAAAGUAUAGUUUUGAUUUUGUAAAAGAUCUUACAAGUAUUGUAUAUAAUGUUUACAACUAAACUGACGAGAAUGACCCGAUUUUGGCUGUUUUAAAAUUAUUUUAUCUAUUUUUUCUUUUUACUGCUACAGUUUAAAGCAUAUUCUUCUUUUUUGAAAAUUCUUUAUAUAUUAUAUUAAUAGCGAAUACUAUCUUUACACUCUAAAAAGUGAAACAGUUCUCAUUUAUUGAAUAUGCUUAUAUUAUAGAUAUCAGUUAAAAAAUUAUUGCUGAUUUUUGAAUGGCAAAUACCAAUUUAUUUUUUUAGUUGCAUAUACACUGCGCGUCAGGAAAAACGGGCACCCCAAAAAAAUGGGUAAUUUUUUAUGUCUCGUAUCUCCUAAACCUGUUGUCUGAUGUAAGUAAUUUUUUUAAUAUGUUAUAGCCUUAUUCUUUAACAAUAUCGCUGUAAUAAUAUUAUUGCUGAACAGUUAAAUUUUAAUUGUAUACCGGGUGUACGAAUCAAACUGUUUUUUUCUCAAAGUUAGCAUCACCCUGUGGAAUAUUCUAGCAUUUGUAAAAUACUAAAAUUAAAACCCAACUAUAGCCUCAUGUUUUCUCAAUAUUUUGAUUUUUGAUUCAUUUGCUUAUGUUGGAUAAUAAAUAAGUUAGGUACUACAACUAGCCAUAUUUUUCUUUAAGACAGGGUGUUUUUAAAUAAAUAUGGCAAAUUUUAAAGAGCAAUUCUGCAUGAAAAAAAAAAACAA